GGCGGGGCCUGCUGCAGGACAGGUCUGCUCCACCGGGAUCAACAGGUCAGGAGGAUGUCCAGGGAGCAGGUGAGUGUCACGGAGCUCCUGCUCUCAUUGGACAGCUCAGAGCUGCAGGAGGCGGAGCAAGUGAGAGCAGCCGUCAACCAGCAGCUGAGUUCAGUUCUCCUCCCAGACAGAGGAGGCGCCGUCCUGUCCUCUCUGGUGGAUUACUACCUGGACUCCUCCUCUUCUCAGGCGGUGCUGCUGCUCUCCUCCGUCAGGGAGCCUCAUCACAAGGCGCUGCUGGAGAAGCUGAACGAAAGCCUGAGCAGACCCGGAAGCAGACUGGCGGGCAUCACCUUGCUGGGUCACCUGAUCAGGAAACAGCCUCCCUGGGUCCAUCACGUCAGCCACUCGCCGCUGCUGGCGUCCCUGCUGCGCUGCCUCAAGACAGAUGGAGACGUGGUGGUCCUGAUCACCGGGGUCCUGGUCCUCAUCACUCUUCUGCCCAUGAUCCCUCAGGCAGGGAAGCAGCACAUCUACGACUUCUUUGACGUGUUCGGACGACUCACAUCCUGGAGCUACAAGAACCCCGGUCGGGUGCCCUCCGUCUACCUGGUCCACCUCCAUGCAGGUGUCUACUCUCUGUUCCACCGGCUGUACGGGAUGUUCCCCUGUAACUUCGUCUCCUACCUGAGGCUGCACUACAGCAUGAAGGAGAACCUGGACACCUUCCAGGAGGUGGUGAAGCCGAUGUUGGACCAUGUACGGGUUCACCCAGAGCUGGUCACAGGGACCCAGGACUACGAACUGGAGCCGUCCAGGUGGAGAUGUUAUGAAGUCCACGACAUCCUGAUCGAGUGCUCCAGGGUGUCUCUGGAUCCGCUGGAGUCUUCCUGCGAAGAGGACAUUUACUCCUCUUCCUCACCCGGACCUCCCUCCGUCUCCUCCUUCCUCCCUCACCUGGAGCUCCCCUCAACUCCUGGUGUCGCAGAGGCGGCACCACUCAGUCACUCAGGAAGCUCCGUGGGCCCGUCGUCGUCACCUCGGCUGAUCCUGGAGCCCUCCUGUAUACAGCUUGAUGAUGUCACAUGGAGCCCGUCCUCAGACUGUGGUUUGUCAACGCCCCCCCCAGAGAGUGAGAGUGCAGACUCCACACCUUCACUCAGCAGGUGCACCUCCUUCUCAGGUGUGAGAUGUCCCACGUCUCUCCCCGUAGUGCUGCCCGCUGAAGACGGCCAGCGACCCGACAGCAGCAGCCAGACGAAGCAGCCAAUCACAGCCCAGGAGGAGCCUGGUCUGAGGGAAUCCAUCAACAACAGCAGCAGAGCAGGUGUCAAAGCAGCAGAGUCCUUUCAGCCCCACCUCCUCACCUCCACCCCCACCCCCACCCGAGACGAGGCGUCCCCCGUCUCCCUGUGCUUCACCCCUCCUCACGUCUCCUCCCUCAGGGGCUCGGCCCUGUCGGACCUCGGCCCCGCCUCUCCUUACGACGGCCUGUUCGAGCUCGCUCUGCCCCGAGCCGCCUCGCUCUUCAUCGGGAGGAAGACGCAGGAGGCGCUGCAGAAAGCUGUAGGAGAGCAGGAGAAGGAGCAGGAGGGCGAGGAACACAACUCCUCCAUGUCUCCUAUCAGGGCUCUGGACCAGAUGAUCAUCCAUGGAAAUGAAGCCCACCAAGACCUCAGCAGGAGGUUGUCAGCAGGAAGUAAGUCGGUGGAUCGGAGUCACUUUGGAGGUAAACAGCAGAGCAUGAAAACCAAAGGCUCCGCCCAGGGGGAGGAGCUUCAUUCCCUGAGGAGUCAGCUGCUGCUGGUUCACAGCCAGCUUCAGUACGAGCGCUUCAAGCGUCAGCAGCACGCCAUGAGGAACCGCCGGCUGCUGCGCCGAGUCAUCAACACCACCGUGCUGGAGGAGCACAGCGUUGCCAUGAAGGCGCAGCUGGGCCUUCAAGACGAGGAGAUCCGGUGUCUGAAGUCCACUGUGGCCCAAGAGCAGAAACAAAACAGCCAACUCUUGCAGGAUACACAGAAACGCAUGGACCAGCUGCACGCACAAACCCAACAGCUGCUGCUGCAGCUGCAGGAGGAGCAGCAGGGGAACCAGCAGCUGCAGACUGAACUUGAGGACAGUCGGCACAGACUGGGGGAUCUGGAGGCGGAGCUUCAGAAAGCCAAUAACACGGCCUACAACGCGGAGCAUCAGCUGACCCAGCUGUCACUCAAGCUGUGCAGCAGCCAGCAGCUGCAGGAGCACAUCUGUCUGCUCAACCAGCGGCUGGUCCUGCUGAGAGACGCUAACAGAGCUCUGAACGAGCAGCUGCAAGGAGGGGACGCGCACAGCUGGACCGAGUCCUCCAUGUUGCAGAGCAGCGUGGGGCGAGACUUCCAGAGACUGAAGGAGAGUGACGUCCACCUGAGGCAGAAGCUGGAAGCAGCCAAUCACAGGGUGGCAGACCUGGAGAGCCAGCUGGCCAAGAAAGAGCAGCUGAUCCUGAACCAGAAGAAGCUUCUGGAGGACACCAAGAACCAGAGCAGGACUGAGCUGUCGGCUUCAGAGAGUCGCUACGUCGCUCUGAGGAAGGUCACCCAGACUCUGCAGACCGAGAUGCUUCACCUGUACAGCCAGAUUCACCUGGACGUGCACGCUGGCCACGGUGCACGCUCUGGCAGCCGACCUCAGGAUGUGGACAGGCCGAGUGGCAGCGCCGUCUCCUCACCUGUGGCUCAGGACAGCAACAAGCUCCACCCCUCUUCUUCUGCUGUUGGGAUCUUAAACGGUGCGGUGGAGGUGCUGUCCACCUCCCCCCUGCUCCUCCCUCCCGGCUCCUCCUCCCCCCUCGACUCCCCUCUGGCCGUGGGCUCCUUCCUGGAGCAGCGAGCAAGGCAGCUGUUUGCACCAACCAGUCAGAGCCAGGAGGAGGACGAGGAGGAGGAGGAAGAGGAGGAGGAGGAGGAGGAGGAGGAAGAGGAGGAAGAAGGCCAGCUGAGUCCUCCUCUGGCUCAGGAGGUGGAAGAGGCCACGCCCCUCUCUAUGAGUCCGGAGGCUGAGCCGUCCAAUCAGGUCACGGCCUCCCCCGCUGGCGCCUCCACAUCUGGCACCUCCACAUCUGGCGGCCAGAGGAGACACGAGCUCAGCAUCAUGGACUACGACGAGUUCCCGCCAGAGUACUGAGGGCGUGACGAGACAAGGAGAGGCGGGCCCUGGUGGAGGAGGCGGAGCCAGCAGGACGUUUUAGAAGAUGCUGAAAAUAGUAAAUGUCUCUCCUGAAUGAUUUCCAGAAGAACGGUGUCAUUAACGUACUGACGGUGUUGUCUCAGUCCCGAAGAGAGGAAGGUGGAGGACACACGACAAUGCCAGCGUAACCACCAGCCCCAAAUGGAACUGCUGCUUAGCAACGGUUGUUUGUCAGGAUGCUCCCCCUUCAUGGAGCCUGACCGUCACUCACACAUGGGACAUCUGACGCGGUACGUCAGACGUCCUUCCAAAUCCUGCCGAGCUCCAGACGGGGGUCGGGUCAGAUGUCUGAGAUGAGUUGGACGUUCAGAGCCGUUCCCAGUCAGAUCCAGAUCCAGCCUUCACUUGUGGCCUGCUCAAUCAGACCAUCCAAGACCUUCACUGUGAGACUCGGAUGUUUUCCGUUUGGGUCCCCAAUGCUUUUCUCUCAAAUUCACAAGUUUCUGAGGUGUUUUGCUUUUCGUUUUGUUGGUUUUUUGUGAGCAAAGAAAUUCCGGUUUGUCCAAGUUUAUUCAAUCAGGGAAUCCUUAGGGGCUUAUUCUUUUCCAAAUUUUCAAUGUCAACGUUUGAGUUUUUGACUUUAUAAUGAUUUUAUGAAGUCAAGAAUUUAUCAAAUAAAGGUUAAUUUUGGGGUAACACAAAUAACACAAACACUUAAAUUCUUUUCUUUUUCACUUCACUGUUUGUUAAUGACCAGAUCUUGUCCUAUUUCUGAUUUUUUUCUUUUUUUUCUCCUCCCUGCCGUGCGUGUCUAAUUUCCCAUCAUACCUGCUCGGCUUAAACGUGGACUUGAUGUUCACAGGCACAGCCUUUCUGUCUUGACUAAUGAUGCAUGGCUGCAGAUUUUAAAGGGGUGGAGGGUCGGGUGUGGCCCUGAGAAGGUUGUGAUCACCGUGGAUCCAGGGGUUUACUGGAUAUUGGUGGGUGUGUCUGCAGUGACCUGCUUUGACCUCAUGAAGAAGAACCACCACAUGCAUGUAAACUUUAAUUUAGCUCCUUGUUUUUGAUUCAGAAAUGAACACAGGUGUUUAAUGACUCAGAAGAGCAAUGUCUUUAAGAUUUGAGCUUUUAUCUUUGCAAAUGUCCAGAAGGAUGACUGACUGGUGUUUCGUGAGACGUCUGCUGAUCUGAGGCCG